CAAUAACAGACCGCGGUAACAGCGGUUUAUCAAUUAGUUAUUUACUUCAAAGUUUGCCAACAUUGUAAGCAAAAGGUGCAAAAUCCUAGCUGAAAAUGUCUUCAUUAGGAGAUUCGGUUGGUUAUCUAAUUUUUGGCAAUCCAAUUAGCCAAGCGCUAUUAUCAACUGCGGCGGGUGUGAUUAAAAGCACAGAAGCGCUUUUGCCACGUAAAUUGCCGGCACCCAAGGCAACUUUAUCUGCGCCUCCACCGCCACCUGUGCGCUUACCAUUGUGGGAGUUAGCUGGCAGGCAAUACAACUUCGUACGUCUAGCAGGUUUAUUUGGUGCAAGUGCUGUGAUAAUGGGUGCCUAUGGCAAACAUAUUUUUGCAAAAUUUCCCAAUUCUGAAGAUAAAAUAGAGGCUAAGACGGUUUUUGAAACAGCGAAUCGUUUCCAUUUUCUUCAUUCAUUUGCACUUUUAGCGAUGCCGCUGGUGCGCAAACCGUUAUUGACCGGCUCCUUGAUGACCGUGGGCACUAUACUGUUUAGCAGUGUACUCUACCAUCGCGCUUUGACUGGCGACCGAACUUACAUACCGGUGGCAACAUGUGGUGGCUUUUGCCUUAUCGUGGCUUGGCUGUCGCUAAUCUUUUAAGGCUAUGUAUUGUUGAUUGAUAUCAUUCAUUUAUUGUCGUUUGUUGCAUAUACGCUAGUAUAAAAACAAAAAAUGUAUAUUUACUUAACUAUCCAUGCAAUUGUGAGCGAUGAGAAAUUUGCGUGAGCACAAAAACAAAGAUAAUUAAUUACAUAUGGAUAUUGCAUAUCGUUUUGGCAUUAAUUGUUAAGAUUUUCGAAUAAAUAAUUUAUUUAUGGCAAAGUUCUUUAAAUAAAUUGUUUUAGUGUUAUUAAUUAUUACUUCUAAUUUAUUUAUUUAUUUAACGCUCUAAAUUUGGCAUCGCGCACAUUAGUAUGGGUGCACAGCGUAAAUUACAUUUAAUUAAUGUUUUUUUUUUAGAUUCUUUGAGAUUAUUAUUUUUUAUUUAAUUCUUUSUUAUCAC